UUUGCCACUAAUUUCCUUGACCACGCUAAUAGAAAAAUACCCCCUAUUCAUAGAUCAUAUAUUUGUUUGCAAUCGUGGCUCUGACAGGAGAAUAUAAAACCUGAGUGACAUUAUACCGCACCACAAAAGCCAAAGGAACGCAGAACUGACAACACCAGGAGUCCAAAGCACAAGACCGCUAACAAAAACAUGGAGAAACUUGCAUUCUUAGUGAUAUUCGCCGCUUUGUUUGCAAUUACAUGUUCUUUUCCAAGCGACGAUAGAGAUUUAAUAGAGAGUGAAUGGCUGCAAGAUACACGAGCGAAUAUACGAGAACAAGAAGACGAGCUUGAAACUCGUAAUGAAAUGCCUUGUGCCGAGGAGCUUGGACUUUUGAAACACUACCACAUCAAUUUGAAAUCCGUUCCAUGUAGUACAGUGACCAAGAAACGUGCCUCAAACUUGCUUGCAAGAGAGUUUAAAAUGAAAGAAUCUGAUUACGGAAGGAGGAAUAGCUAUGCCCGUGAUUUUAACUCUUGCUGCAGCCCAGACUGUGAUUGGCUGCUGGAUUACUUGGAAAUCGACUCCACCGUGGUGAAAUGUCUGGACCGCAAAUAAAUCCGUUCUUUAGUUUCAUCCUUGAACACAAAAAUUUAAAAUGAAAUAAAAACAACUACAGAACAAACGACGAUGAGAAAUCUCCCAAUUAAAUAGUAUCACUAUUCAGGAUGUUCGGUCGCACGAUGAGGGUUUAAGUUACAAGAGUCAGAAUUAUAAUUUGUUAGUUAACAUCAAUUUCAUGCUGUACAAAGCUAUCACCUCAGGAUAAAUUAAAUUCACGCUUAACUGA